AUGGAGCUGGGAGGGGCCUUCACCAUCUUUCUGGCACUCUGCUUGUCUUGUCUCUUCAUCCUCCUUGCCUGGAAACGAAUCAACAAGGGGGGAAAGCUACCCCCAGGUCCCACACCAAUACCUUUCCUGGGGAACCUACUGCAAAUUCGCACUGAUGCCAUUUUCCAGUCUUUCAUGAAGCUCCAGGAGAAAUACGGCCUGUGUUCACCGUGUACUUGGUCCCCGACCAGUAGUUAUUUAUGUGGACAUGAGGCGGUGAAGGAGGCUCUGAUAGACCAAGCAGAUGACUUCAGUGGCCGGGGAGAAAUGGCCACAAUAGAGAGGAACUUCCAAGGUAUGGUAGGUUUAGCUCUGUCCAAUGGAGAACGAUGGAAGACUCUCCGGCGUUUUUCCCUGACUAUCCUUCGAAACUUUGGAAUGGGAAAGCGGAGCAUUGAGGAGCGGAUCCAGGAAGAGGCUGGCUACCUACUGGAGGAAUUCCGGAAGACCAAGGGUGCCCCCAUCGAUCCCACCUUCUUCUUGAGCCGCACUGUGUCCAACGUCAUCAGUUCUGUUGUCUUCGGAAGCCGCUUUGACUAUGAGGACAAGCAGUUCCUGAGUCUUCUGCAGAUGAUCAAUGAGAGUUUCAUUGAGAUGAGCGUCCCCUGGGCACAGCUAUAUGAUAUGUACUCUGGAGUCAUGCAGUAUUUGCCAGGAAGACAUAAUCACCUGUACUACUUGAUAGAGGAUCUUAAGGACUUCAUAGCAUCCAGGGUCAAGGUCAAUGAAGCAUCCCUGGACCCCCAAAACCCUAGGGACUUCAUUGACUGCUUCCUCAUCAAGAUGCACCAGGAUAAAGACAAUCCACAAACAGAAUUCAACUUCAAGAACUUGGUCCUCACCGCUCUCAAUCUCUUCUUUGCUGGGACGGAAACGGUGAGCUCUACGCUACGCUAUGGAUUCUUGCUGUUAAUGAAGCAUACUGAGGUAGAAGCCAAGAUCCAUGAAGAGAUCAUCAGGUGAUUCCCACACCGGAUGCCAAGUGUAGAUGACCGGGUCAAGAUGCCCUACACAGAUGCCGUCAUCCAUGAGAUUCAGAGACUGACAGACAUGUGCCCUGGGUGUCCUCACAAUGUCAUCCGGGACACUCAUUUCCGAGGCUACUUUCUACCCAAGGGCACAGACAUAUAUCCACUGCUUGGCUCAGUCCUCAGAGAUCAAUACUUCCGAUACCCAGAUGACUUUUAUCCUCAACACUUCCUGGAUGAACAGGGACGCUUCAAGAAAAAUGAUGCCUUCGUGGCCUUUUCCUCUGGAAAGCGCAUCUGCGUGGGAGAGGCCCUGGCCCGCAUGGAGCUCUUCCUCUACUUCACCUCCAUCCUUCAGAAUUUCUCCUUACGUUCACUAGUGCCACCUGCUGACAUUGAUGUCACUCCCAGGAUCUCAGGCUUUGGCAACAUUCCCCCUACUUAUAAUCUAUGCCUGGUGGCCCGCUGA